CAUCACCAUAUAAAGUGCACACAGUAUAGCAAAAUCUCUGCUGGACAAACAAAAAGCUUGCAUCGCAGACAAACAAAGAGCUUGCUCAAAAAUCAACAAUGUACUGGACAAAGCCACUCAGCGAUUUGGUCCUGACUGUGGACAGCUUUACCCUGAUGAUUGGCCUCCCUGCCAGCCUGCUGGCUCUCCACACCUUCAUUCAGAAGAUAAAACAGCAAGCUAAGCCCCUUGACGUGCUUUUGCUCAGCCUGAAUAUCUCGGACCUGCUCAUCCUUAUCUUCCUCCCAAUCCGCAUGAAAGAGGCAGCUGACAUGGCAUGGACUCUGAGCUACUUCCUGUGUCCUCUGUUGAAAUAUGUCAUGUACACCACCAUCUACAACAGCAUCUUGCUUUUAACAGCAAUAAGUGUGGAGCGCUAUCUGGGUGUGGCUUUCCCCAUUAAAUACAAACAAAAGCAAAAUCCACGGAAUACCAUAAUUACUGUGGUCUUAUUCUGGGUGCUUACCUUGGCCCAUUGUAGUUUUGUCUUCGUUGCGCAGCAGUAUGAAACCAAUAAUGACACCAACACUGAGCCGUUGAACAGGGACUCCUGCAAAACGAUGUUUAAUGACAGGCAAUUGGAGAUCAUUUUGCCAUUCCAGCUAGAGCUGUUCAUCGUGCUUUUCUGUAUCCCUUUUAUUAUUUGCAGCUUUUGCUACAUCAAGUUAAUCCUCAUCCUCUCCCGUUUACAGAACUUCAACCGUAAGAAGUGCCGCAGGGCCAUUGGACUUGCAAUAGUCACCUUCCUGACCUUCAUCAUUUGCUUCAUGCCUUUCAAUGUGUCCCAUUUGGUGGGUUUUAUUGGAUCAUAUGUUCCCAGCUGGAAAGUGUACACGUUGCUUCCCAGCACCUUCAACGCCUGUUUGAAUCCCUUCAUCUUUUAUUUCUCCUCUAAACCUCUCCGAAAGAAUUGUACCCUGUGCACAAGAGGACUAAUCAACUGUCUUAAUGUAUCCUGUUUCUGGAAAUUGUUCAAAUUCCCUACAAAGGAGAGAUUGCAGAACUCUGGAGACACUGCUUUAAGCAGCGUCUCACAGUCUAGAAUUAUAGGAUAAUGUGAUUCUGUUUAUCAGAAUGUCUCAGCUCAUUGUUGAUGAACCAAUAGGGACAGCGUACGUUAGGCCUCUAUAUCCUGCCUGAAGAGUGUACACUGUUUGCACCCCUUUACAUCAAGUGCUCACUGAUAUCAGCACAAUCGUUUUACCUUUAAUAGCAAGAGUAGAAUUUAAAUUUAAACAUCCAACUUUCCCCAUGGUCAAGCAAUGUCCAGUGAUGGAUAUCAGGACAAACAUCUCAUCUCAUCUCAUCUCAUCUCAUCUCAUCUCAUCUCAUCUCAUCUCAUCUCAUCUCAUCUCAUCUCAUUAUCUCUAGCUGCUUUAUCCUGUUCUACAGGGUCGCAGGCAAGCUGGAGCCUAUCCCAGCUGACUACGGGCGAAAGGCGGGGUACACCCUGGACAAGUCGCCAGGUCAUCGAGACAAACAUGGUAUAAUUAAAUAUUAUUCUAUCCACAUUCACUGCAUAUGAGCAAUCACGUGUUCUGGUUGGCUACUCUACUACUAGGCUAUCAGCUCAUAUACCGUGAGUAGAGAAACACAAAAUGGUGGAACGUGUUGCUGAACCAACCGAGGACAAAAUAAAAACUAUACUCCAAAACAACCCCCCCCCCCCCCAAAAGCAACAAAAAACAAAAUAUGGAAUACAAGUAUUUGAUGGUAAAAACAUGUCUUUUUUAAUUUUUCAAGAAUUAUUAUUAUAGCAUUUUUCACAAGUUGCUACUGUCAUUUCACUGGUUUGUUUACAUUCUAAGUGGAAAUGAUUUGUCGGACAUUUUGUAUAAACUUUUUAUUUAUUGAAUUUGCAAAAAAUAAAAACACUCUGUUUCUCAAAAUCCAGUGAAUGUGGAUAGAAAAAACAGUUAUUCCACUCAAUCUCAUCAUACAUGGAUUAUAGCAACUCGGUGUUAUGAGCUAUCAGCUCAUAUACAACUCGAUUUUGUGGAAUAACUGUUAAUUACUGGCUGGCGUUGAGUGGUAUAUCAGAUAUAUUCCAUUCAGCUAGUGUACUAUUGAACAAGUCAAAGACGAGUAGCUGAAUGGAAUAUAUCUGAUACACCAUGAAAAUAGCCAGCCAAUAUUAUUAUUAUUAUUAUUAUUAUAAUACACAUUCCUUUUGGGUAUUCAACGCAUCUUUCUCUUUCAAAAUUCUCUCAAAAUCUUCCGUAUUUAACAAAGCAAACUUGGUGGCCAUUUUUGUUUACAAAUUGUCACAGUCGCUCGUUAGCAUGGAAGUUUUAUGUCUCCGACAUGUCUCUUUUCCAGUUUUUCAAUGUCCGUUGGUAUGUUUUUCUCUUGUAAAUAUGCAUGAAGAAUAUUUAAUGAAGUUUUGGUAGCCUUUCGGGUGUUCAAUGCAUCUUUCUCUUUCCCAGCGAACAAAGAAAUGCUCCAAUGUGUGACAUCAUGUUGUCUUCACAACCAUGCAAUAUCGUAAACCAUAUUCAACACUCAUUCUCCAUUGAGCAGAGUGACAUAAUACACAUAGGAUAUGCAAUAUGAGAAUAAUAUUGCAUGCUAUCAAGCCAAUUGAAUGAAACCCGCUAGAAGGGAACACAACACAUGUUUUUAUUCUAUCGAAAAAGUGUCCUGUAUGUACAAUAAUAUGGAAUAUGACAUCAGUGUUGCCCUUUUAAAAGAGCCUAAACAUGUGAAUUUGGGUCUUGUCUUUGGCUCAAGAUGGAAACCCAGUCCAGUAUAAGUUCAAAGACUAAAUUGAGAUUUCACUGUGCAAUACUGUAGAUAUUUUACAUACAAGGACUCUUUACAAUGCAAUCAAUAUCCUUGACCAGAAAUUAUUUAAAAAAAAAAGGCUUUUGUACUUUGCAUGUUUAGAGCUACCGUAGGUACAUAUUGAAAUGUAUGUAUUAUAUUUUUAAGUUGUUAGUUGUACAAAACAUGAUUCUGCUGUAUUAUCAUGCAUUUAAUUGUUAAUUGAGAUCACUAACAUUUGACACUGGAUGAGAAAUCUUGACUAGAUGGCUUUCGCUCUACUACAGCUUAUACUGUAUAUUAGAUGUACUUACUGUAUUACAGGACUUUCUGUACGUCAGUUUGUUACUGGAGAUGUGAUGCAUGCAAACUGAUAUGUUCAAUAGAAUUAAAAAAACAAACUUUUUUUUAACCUAAUAAAAUAGUAAAACUACUGUAC